ACCACGAGCCAUGGCACCAACAGAGAGACAGAGAUUGAGAAAUGGGUCAGAUUUUGUUUCUGACUAUCAUUUUUUUGGCUCUAUCUUCUUCUGUCAGAUGCAACCAUGUUUACAGCAAGAAAGAUUUCCCCAAGGGCUUCGUUUUUGGUUCCAGCACUUCUGCUUAUCAGUGGGAAGGAGCUGUUGAUGAAGACGGAAGAAAACCAAGCAUAUGGGACACUUACCUUCACACUCGUAACGUAGCUAAUGGAGACAUAGCAGCUGAUGGUUAUCACAAGUACAAGGAAGAUGUGCAGCUGAUGGUAGAAACUGGCUUAGAUGCCUUCAGAUUCUCCAUCUCUUGGUCUAGGCUUAUACCAAACAGAAGUGGUCAGGUUAACCUAAAGGGUCUGCAAUUCUACAAGAACUUAAUCCAAGAACUUGUAAGCCAUGGGAUUGAACCACAUGUUACACUGUAUCAUUACGAUCAUCCUCAGUAUCUUGAAGAUGAAUAUGGAGGAUGGAUCAACCGGAGAAUGAUCGAAGACUUUACUGCUUACGCAGAUAUUUGCUUUAGAGAGUUUGGGAACUAUGUAAAAUCGUGGACCACGAUAAACGAGGCUAACAUAUUCACUGUUGGGGGUUACAACGAUGGGAAUUCACCGCCUGGUCGCUGCUCCCAAUCACGAGGAAACUGCUCCUUAGGGAACUCUUCGACUGAACCAUAUAUCGUAGGCCAUAACUUGCUGCUUGCACACGCCUCUGUUUCAAGACUAUAUAAGCAAAAGUACAAGGAUAUACAAGGAGGUUCCGUAGGAUUAAGCCUAUUUACUAUAGGGUUUAAACCUUGUACAAGCUCCAAGAAUGAUGGAAUCGCACUUCAAAGAGCCAGAGAUUUCUUCAUGGGCUGGAUGCUUGAGCCUCUUGUAUUCGGAGACUAUCCUGAUGAGAUGAAAAGAACAGUUGGAUCAAGACUGCCAGUUUUCUCAGAGGAAGAAUCAGAACAAGUUAAAGGCUCCUCUGACUUCGUAGGAGUUAUUCACUAUCUUUCUGCUACUGUCAAAUCCGAGCCUUCUUCUCUUUCAGGAACCGCCCCAAAUUUCUUCUCAGACAUGGACGUGUCUAUCACAUUCUUUGGGAAUGUUACAACUUUCGAGUAUGCUGUUGAGCCAUGGGCUAUGGAAAAUGUCCUAGAGUAUAUUAAGCAGAGUUAUGGCAAUCCUCCUGUCUACGUUCUUGAGAAUGGUAUGCCGAUAAAGCAAGAUUUGCAGGACACACCAAGGAUUGAGUUCUUGCAUGCUUACAUUGGUGCUGUGCUCAAAUCCGUUAGGAAUGGAUCAAACACGAGAGGCUACUUCGUAUGGUCUUUCAUGGAUUUAUACGAAUUACUGAGCGGAUACGAGUUUAGUUAUGGAUUGUACUCUGUGAAUUUUAGCGAUCCUCAUCGCAAGAGAUCUCCAAAACUCUCUGCUCAUUGGUACUCUGCUUUUCUCAAGGACAACACCACCUUUCUUCGUUCCCAAGGCAUCUUGCAGUUGCAGCAGAGCAACUUUUCUUCUUCCUCCUAGUAAUGUUGUUGCAUUGAUAUGUUCUUAUGAAUCCGGUUCGCUUUUUUUUUAAAACGUCAAAUCCGGUUGGGUUACUGAAUAAAUAAAUCUCGCAUAAUGAAGCAUGCGCGUUUGAAAACA